AUGUUUUCUCGUUUAGCUGAAGAGGUUUCAAGUUUUAACACUCGUAGGAAAGGAGAUGCAUGGAUGCAACCGUAUAUUGCACCAGUAGAUGGUGAUCCUGGGCAACCUUUUAUAUUAGUAAUUCUAACAGACCUUAUGAAACGAUGUCACUCGUUACAACAAGCUGGAGAAUUGGUUUAUAUAGAUGCCACAGCCGGUCUCUAUGCUCUCAAUACUCCCUUGACUAUUAUCUCAACGAAUACACCCAUUGGCGGCUUACCUCUUGCCACGAUAUUAACAUCAGAUGAAACUACAAUUACACUUACAAAAGCUCUGAAUAUGCUAAAACACAUAAUGCCAUCAACUGCAUUUGGUGGGUGUGGAGCCCUUGUUGGACCUCAAGUCAUUAUGACUGACGAUUCUAGUGCAGAAAGAAAAGCAUUGCAAUGUACUUGGAAAAAAGCAACCUUGUUGUUGUGUGUCUUUCAUUUUCUACAGGCUAUAAAUGAAACUAUACUUGAAGCCACUUAUAUGAAACUUACAACUAGUCAAAUAUACCUUAAAUAUUCACACUUUCAGAGACAUUUUAGAGCUACUUGGGAUCGCCAUAAGGAAUGGGCCAUCGCAUUUC